UUACCAUACCUGCAAGCUACCUGGAAGAAUUAUGGGUAUACGGCUACUCCACUUCUCUUCUAUCGUGAUUUUUCUGCUGCUUCUGGUGGCAGGUGCUUUAACAGCUUUACUACCCAACAUUAAGGAAGAUAAAAUGCUCACUCUGCGAAGGGAGAGGAAGUCCCAAGGCCAGUUGGCUUCAGAUUCAUUUACUCUCAUCAUGCAGACCUACAACAGAACGGACUUACUCUUGAAGCUUUUAAAUCACUAUCAAGCCAUGCCUCACCUGCAGAAAGUGAUAGUCGUGUGGAAUAACGUUGGGGAGAAAGCCCCCGAAGAAACGUGGAAUAAUUUGGGGCCUCAUCCUGUCCCUGUCAUCUUCAAAGCACAAACAGUAAACCACAUGCGGAAUAGACUGCAGCUUUUCCCGGAGCUGGAAACAAAAGGGAAGUGCUACCAGACUCCUCCUGAUUUCUGA